GGGAGGGGCGCUGAGGUGUUGUUGCUGCCUGCGUGUUUCUGAUGUCUCCUAGCAACUGGAUAGGCAGCGCUAAACUGGGCAGGGGAGGGUUGGCAGCUCCGAGAUCUGUGCGAGCCGGUAGGGAUUGAAGGCCCGGCUAGACGGAGGCAAGACACCAGAAAAAUCAGAAAAAGCCCUGUGUGUCUUCCGUAGUUAUAUUUACCUCCAUUGAAGCUUCUCCAAAACUGCCACCGGUCACUGUCACCCACCUCUCUGGGCUUCUGUGACCUCAUCUGCAAAAAGUCAGGCAAUCCGCCCCACCCCCUGGGGAGGUAGAGGGUGGACAGGAUUGUGACAAGUGGGGAAGCACCGGGAAAAUCGGAGAGCACCUGGACGGGAUUGACUGGAAGUGUUCCGAUUAGCACCCUUGGGGUGGUACUUAAGUAGCUAGGAAAAUUAGCAGCAGUAGUUAAAUUUUUACCAAAUAAUCAGCUAUCUAGCUUUGAGAAGUCUCUAAUCUCAGUUGCCAUCUAUUGCAUUUUUGUGGGAGAAGUGGGUCAAGUCUCAUUGCAGUUAAUAUCCAUCCAUCCAUAAUAUCCCGAGAAACUAAGAAUCUAAAACGCCUAGAUGGAGGUAUUAAUGCCCCCACCUCAGAUUUAUGUAGAAAGAACGCUGGCUCUUAUAAAACCAGAUAUUGUGGACAAAGAAGAAGAGAUAGAAGAUAUCAUCCUCAAAUCUGGAUUCACCAUUGUUCAGAGAAGAAAACUACGUUUUAGCCCUGAACAGUGUAGCAACUUUUAUGUGGAACAGUAUGGGAAAAUGUUUUUCCCCAAUCUAACAGCAUAUAUGAGUUCAGGUCCACUUGUUGCCAUGAUAUUAGCAAGACAUAAUGCAAUUUCUUAUUGGCUGGAGCUUAUGGGACCAUUCAAUAGCCUCAAAGCUAAGGAGACACACCCGGACAGUCUAAGGGCAAUCUAUGGGACAGAUGACCUAAGGAAUGCACUUCAUGGAAGUAAAAAUUUUGCUGCAGCAGAGAGAGAAAUUCGAUUCAUGUUUCCUGAGGUGAUUAUUGAACCCAUCCCUAUUGGAGGAGCUGCUAAGGAUUACCUGAACAUGUAUGUAAAUCCGACUCUGUUGGCAGGACUCUCAGAGCUUUGUAAGCACAAACCAGCAGAUCCCUUUAUUUGGCUUGCUGAUUGGUUGCUUAAAAAUAAUCCCAAUAAACCUAGAUUCUGUCAUCAACAAGAUACUGUGGAAGAGUCUAAUGAAAAUAAAACACAUUGAAGAAUGAAUCAAGAACUCUCUUAUCAAGAACUAUUCUAAAAGACUUUUAUUCUACUGACUUUUUGUUAAAGAUUCUUAAGUAGAUAAUAAGGAACUGUGCAUGAAGUAAAUCUUAUUUUAAAAUAAUGUAUUGUAAGCAGCAGAUAACCUUUACAAAAGACUCAAAUAUAAAAUUAAUGUUUGAUUUUAACCAUUGGGAGUACUUAAUAGAAAUAUUACCUUAGUAGUUGCUUAGUGGAAAAAUGACUUGGGAAGGAAUAUCAUUUUUCCAGAAGCUUGAACUGUGUACACAUCUCAGACAUCUCAGGUACAGGAAUGAUAAUUACUGAUAUGAUUGAGAAUAAAUAACUAAGUAAGCUACAUCUAA